UGGCAGGUGCGCGCGUGCCUCCUCUCUACCCGUUCAGUUGGUCCGCACGAGGCGCCCGGCGCGCGAUUCCUCUUCUAUCAGCACCAGAGCGCUUUUUUUUCUCUCCAUCUCACCUCUCCUGUUAUCUCCGCUAACUUUCACGUCGUGUUUUCUCCAUUUAUUUUAAUAUAUCAAUCUUUUUUUUAAAUAAAUAAAUAAAAAGAUAAAACCUUGAACAAAACACCCGCGAGCGUUUAAGGGGUUUAUUUUAGGACAGAGGAGAAAAGUAAUGCUGAAUGUUCCCGCGGGGCUGUGAGGAAAUUUUUUCCUUGGAUUUGUGGCGACUCGCGUUAGCAUCAUCAGGAGCAUCAUCAUGGACGUCCUGGCCAACUACAGCAUCUUCCAGGAGCUCCAGCUCGUGCACGACACCGGCUAUUUCUCCGCCAUGCCGUCUCUGGAGGAAAACUGGCAGCAGACAUGUCUAGAGCUGGAGCGCUACCUUCAGACGGAACCCAAGCGGCUAUCAGAGCUCUUCGAAGACGAACUGGACCGCCUGCUCUCUCCAGACUUCAUAGAAGGACACGGAGAGGACGAGUCACUUAACCCGUCACUCAUCAGCCUGACGUCAUCCCCGCUGCACCUCGACGGGGAUCCGCUGACCUCGCCGUCCACCCCGGACCCUUCCGACCUCAGUACAGGCGUGGACGUGGCCCAGCUGAAUGCGCUCACCACCCUGACUCCGCCCUCGUCCCCGGAAUUGGAGCGCCAUUCACUCAAGACCGCCCACACUCUCUGUACCACAGCUGACGGGACUCUAAUGCUGAAACUGGCCGUGGCACGGCCGCUCUCGCCUGGACCUAGCGACGGCGAACAGGCAAGCACCGCGGGGGGAAGAGACUCGGUCGACAACAAGAAGAGAGUGCACCGCUGCCAGUUUGAUGGCUGCAGGAAGGUCUACACCAAGAGCUCUCACCUCAAGGCACACCAGAGGACACACACAGGUGAGAAGCCCUACAAGUGCUCAUGGGAAGGCUGCGAGUGGCGUUUUGCACGUAGCGAUGAACUGACGAGACACUACCGCAAACACACGGGCGCCAAACCCUUCAAGUGCGCACACUGCGACAGGUGCUUCUCGAGGUCGGAUCACCUGGCGCUCCACAUGAAAAGACACGUUUAAAUUAAAGGACGAUGUCUCCGAGAGGAAACCGGACACACCGAUUCGAAUGGACACACGGUUCUGAGUCUGAACGCUUUUUUUAUUUAACACGACCAAUCAGAUCUCGGAGAGGAGAACCUAAUAAAACCUAUUAGGAAUUUAGACUACAGCCACGUGCUUUCUCCCGAACCAUGGGGAAUGUAUUUCCAUUUUCCUUCCAUAGCUAGUGCAUAAAGCCCCCAGAGGAAUGUCGACGCAAAGGAUCGCGCUGCUUUUUUUUUUUUUUUUUGGAGAACAUCUAUAGACAUUUCUUUUCAGGCACAAGUAAGAAACAUUUGCACAAGCGCAGUUGAGGAUCAAAAAAAGAUUUUAUUACUCCAUCUGAGGACGAAAAUCCCGGAUUUGUUAUCGUUAAUGUUCUUGCACACAUCUUGAACUGUGCUGUUUAUUUAUCCUUCUUGAAUUUUUUUGUUUAACUUUCCUCCAGAACAAGCAUGAAAAAAAACCCCGAGAUGACGACGACAAGAACAACAAGGCAGCGCUAUAGAAAAGUAAAACGUCAAGACGUUCACGAAACAUUAUAUUAUCAUCUCACUACCUUCCUGAAUAACUAAAACGGAUAAAUAAAGCGGAGGAGCGGCGUGCGAUAUUUAAGCCUGUGCUCCCGCUGUUCGCUCAUCUGUCGCUAGCGUGUACUCUGCCCUUUCUAAUGAACUAAAACGAGAGCCAUCUGACUUCCCCGCUCUCCGGCGUCAGGCUCUUCCUGGCAUCAGGCCGGCCCGGUCACAGUUGAUUUCACCCUAACGGAAUAACAAAAGCACAAGGUCAUGACACACACACACACACACACAGACCGAAUGCUAAUCCUAAUCUGAAUAUUCAUCAAGUAAAUAUGUAAAACAUCCUCAUCCUCCUGUAUAGAAAAGUAAAAGCUUUCUUCAAAUCUCAAGGUUUUUUUAAAAAAAAAAAAAACGUGCCACAUGUUUGUUUCUAUAAACAAAAAGGAAAAAAAAAAAAUUCAAUAAAAAUUGUGAAUCUUUUCGGACAUUCAAUACGAACAGUCGUUCCCUCCACAGCAUCUGUCUCUCUUUAUUUUUUCUUUUAUAUAAGCAAAAUAUGUCACAAACAAUAAACUCUUCUUGAAGACUUUCCAGCUGCUCUUAUAGAUUCAAUGAAUCAGUGAAUCGAUGAAUCAGUGAAUCAGUGAAUCAAACUUUCAACUGGUCUAAAAUGAUCUAAAUCAGUUUUUCUUUUUCCUCACUGUGAUUCUGCUGUGAGUUUUCUUUCUCACGUCUCGCUCUGUCUCUCCAUCUGAAUGUUUGUGCUGUACAAAAGCAUAUGAUUUGUAUUCCACGAUGUUAGUACAACGAUGUUAAUAUCUAUAUUAAGGGGGAAAUAAAGAAGACGAAGAAGUUUAUUUUUGUUACCGGUUUGUUUCGUAAUCCUUUUUUAAAAAUCGGUAUUGUAAUAUAUCUAUGCAAGGACUGUCCGAGUGAAGCAAUUUGAUUUCAGAACGUCAUCAUGUGUAAUAAACGGUAGAAAUCUUGCUGC